AAACUGUUGGUGGCCCUUAGAAACCCAACAAGACCCCAACAACAACGAGAGAUAACAUACGCAAUUUGAGCCUUUUGAAGCAAAAAAAAAAUAAGUUUACCCUUUAGACAAGAUGAACCAGGCAGAGAUCCGUAAGCUCAUCCCAGCCAUUCGCGUAACAAUUAGUGCAAAACACAAGAAGUUUUCUAAUCCUAAAGGCCCUGAAGGUAGGCUGCACAAACUAAGGAACAACGUCUCGGACCUCGUGAAAAAUGAAAGGAUUGAAUUGAACUAUUUCCGAGCUGAUGAGGCCAGGGGCUAUGCUGAACGGCUCAUUGCAGAUGCCAUUAAGUAUGGAGACUGUCACAGACCUACAAUGGAGAUGGCUGACUUCUGGCUCACCGAAAAGCAGCUUAUUCACAAAUUAUUCAAAGUUUUAGUCCCACGUUACAAGAAUACAGAGACUUCUUACACACGAUUAUACAAAGCUCCAAACAUAUACCCAGGCUGCUUUUAUGAACGGUCUGUCCUAGAACUACGAGAUAACCCAUUUCCUCCACUUGAAAAAAAGACUUCGUCACAAAACUGGCUGCUCAACAUUUUACUGGAAGAGGCACAUAAGGAAUACAAAGAAAAGAAAUGCGCAGAAGAAAGCGAAACUUGUAAUUGAAGUAAUGUUUAUAGUACAGAAUUCAGAGCCUCUCAGUACAAGGCAGGAUUGAACAAAUCAUCUUUGAAACAUACUGAACAUCUGAACUUCAAAUCUGUGGAUAAUACAAGUCUUUAAAAAAAAUCACAUUAAUUAUAGGUAACUUUGUUUAGAUCAAGCUGUCAGUCACAAGUGCUGAACCCAUGUGGGUCAGUCAGGACUAGACAUUGUAUGUACUGUGUUUAAUCUCCAUUAACAGUCAUGAUCAAUAUUUUGAAUACCUAAACUGUAAAUAAAAAUGUGAAAAAUAA